AUGCCUUUUCAUAUUCCUUUCGAAAUCACAAACUAUCAAGAAAUUUUAAACAAUGUUAUUAACAACAUCGAUCAGCAAACACUUGAAAAAAUCAAACAAACAGUUGUCUUACAUGUACCUCUUCAUCAACUUAUUGUACCGAGCAAAAAUCGAAGAACACAGCAAAUUCCCAAACCCCAAAAUAGUUUUGUACUAUACAGGAGGAACUUAAGUACAGCAAUUAAUAAUGCAACAAGCACUCUUUUAUGUGCAUCAGAUAAUAACGCAAGUAAUGUUUCAUUCAUUUCAAAAGAAGCAUCUGAAAAUUGGUCAAAAGAAAGUAAUGAAGUUAAACAAGUUUACGAAGUAUUAGCUAAUUAUGCAAAGAAA